AUGUCCUACCACUCCCAAUAUGUGUCGCAGAUUGCAGACGCUACCAGUCGCUGGUCCAAGAUCUUCCCUCCCCUGCCGGCUCGCCCAUCCUUAACGCUCCCACCAUCAAACAAAAAUGAAAAGGUAUUCACGUGGGAAUAUCUAAGUGAAGUUUUCGAGGCGUUUUCUCAGCGCGAACGAGCCAUGGAAAUGCGAAUCGAAGCGUUAUGCUUCAAUGCGGAACAAAGUCUGCAGGCUCUAAGUGAUGACGAAAAUAUCCAAUCUCAUGAGACAGAGAAUGCUAACCCGGUACUUGGAGUUAGACUGUUGCAGCGCGUCGACUUACUACAAAAAGAGAACGACGACCUUGCUGAACGAGUAAAAGAUCUCAUGCAGCUUUCUUCUAGUGAACAACAAAUUCAAGACUUGAAACGCGAAGUUGAAGGUUCGUCUUUCCGAAGAUCACUCACAACAGACUCUCACAAGCUCAUUUCGGCCCUGGAUUCGGCAUUAUCAAGGAUGGAAGCGGCAAAGUAG